GUGGGUUGUUGGUCCCGCAGGGUGCAGAUCGCGCACUGUACACACGCGCACACUCACAAGUGCGCGCACAUAGGCGCACUUCUGUCAUGGCAGCGUGAGAGUGUGAGCGUGAGAGUCGCCGGACUGCAGACUGCAGCUCACACACGCACAAAAUCACUCAUCUGGGGGCAGAAUGUGGAUAUACAGGAAUAUCAUGAGGUGCGUGUGCGCGCUCGCGCUCAUCGAGCAUGCCAUCGCUAUUAGUAAGCUUUUCGGGGAUUUGGAGCCAGUGAGGAUGACGUCAGAAGGUUCAGACUGUCGCUGUAAGUGUAUGAUGCGGCCACUGAGUGCAGAGGCCUGUGCGAGACUUCGGGACGGCUCGCUUCGGGUGGACGAUUUCUACGCAGUUGAAACGGUCAGCUCGGGAUCGGACUGCAAAUGCUCCUGUACCGCCCCACCCUCAUCCCUCAACCCCUGUGAGAACGAGUGGAAGACAGAGAAACUGAAGAAACAAGCACCUGAACUGCUCAAGCUACAUUCCAUGGUGGACCUACUGGAGGGGACGUUGUACAGUAUGGAUCUGAUGAAGGUUCACGCGUACAUGAAUAAAGUGGUGUCUCAGAUGAACACAUUGGAGGAGAUGAUAAAGACAAACCUGACCAGAGAGAACGACUUUGUCAGAGACAGCGUGAUGAGUCUGUCCAAUCAGCUGAAGAAGUACGAAAAUUAUUCAGACAUCAUGGUCAGCAUUAAGAAAGAAAUCUCCAGCCUGGGGCUGCAGCUGCUGCAAAAAGAUGCUGCUGCAGAAAACAAAGCCCAGACCACAGAAAAUAAGAAGCCCAAAGAUGCUGUGAAACCACCCAAUAAAAAAUCUCCAGUGGUCAAAGCUUCACCCAAACAAGCCAAAGAGAAACCAGUUAAGCCGAAGAAGGAGCCGCAAGCCAAGCCGGUCAAAACAGUAAAGCCUGACCCCACUGCCAAGGCCAAGACUCUGGGUCACCAGCCAGGGGUCAUCAGAGGAAUCACCUAUUACAAGGCUUCCAGAACGGAUGACUCAGAAGGGGAGAGCACAGGAAGAGGAGAUAGAGAAGGCCCGGCCAAAACCCACACCGUCCACCAGAUCGAGGGAUCCGAACUCGUCCUGGAAGCUGCCGAGGGCACCACAACACCGGCGCCAACAACAACAUCCACCACCACCACUGUUGCUAUGAGAACGACGACAACAACAACAGCUGCCUCUCAAACAACAGCAAGUGCUGAGGAACUUUUCACCACGGGCUCCACCCAGACCACCCCGGUCACGGAGAAACCGGUCAUCACCGUCACACCGGGACUGAAAAGCAAGGACAGCGGUGGAAAGGUCAAUGCUAAUAAAGCAGGUAAGUCUUUGGAGUGUGAGGGCACCAUUGCCUCAGUGGAGAUGCCAGAGAAGCACCACAGUUAUGGCCGAAAUGAAGGGGCUUGGAUGAAGGACCCUCUAGCCAAGGACCAAAAAAUCUACGUCACCAACUACUACUAUGGCAACAACCUGGUAGAAUUCCGCAACUUGGAGAAUUUCAAGCAAGGCCGCUGGACUAACCUGUACAAGCUGCCAUACAACUGGAUAGGAACCGGCCACGUGGUCUUCAAUGGUGCCUUCUACUACAACCGAGCCUUCACCAAGAACAUCAUCAAAUACGACCUGCGAAUGCGCUACGUAGCAGCCUGGACCCUCCUGCAUGACGUGGUCUACGAGGACACUACACCUUGGAAAUGGCGUGGCCAUUCCGAUAUCGACUUUGCUGUGGAUGAGAGCGGCCUGUGGGUGAUCUAUCCAGCACUGGACUACGAUUACUCGCAGCAUGAGGUCAUCGUCAUCAGCAAGCUGGACCCGGGCGACCUGUCCAUGAAGAAGGAGACCACGUGGAAGACGGGCCUGAGGCGCAGCUCAUACGGGAACUGCUUCAUUGCGUGUGGCGUUCUUUACGCUGUUGACAACUACAAUCAGAAAGAGGGCGAAAUUUCGUACGCCUACGACACGCACACCAACACCGAGGCCACGCCCAGACUUCCGUUCACCAACGAGUACGCUUUCGUCACACAGGUGGACUACAACCCAAAAGAGAAGUUGCUGUAUGCCUGGGACAAUGGCCACCAGGUCACCUAUAACAUUAACUUUGUGGACCAGUAAGGUGCUCCAGACGCCAGUUGAUGCCACAGAUGCCAUCCAAUCACUUUCUGUUUAUGAAAACAUGAAAUAUGACUUUUUAUUGGAGGGAAAUUUACAACUUAAAGACACUUUUGACCUCAAACUAAAGGCAAUUAAAACUGCAUUGGAAUGUAAUUGUUGGCUUUUUGUUGCCUACAUUUGAAAUAUUCAAGGACCUGCAUGGCUGAUCAAGAUAAGCACAUUUUCAGGUUAACAUUUUAAUAUGUUUUUUUAGGCAUAAAAUAUUUGCAUUAAUAAUUACCAAGAAGAGUCUUAAGGAAUUGACCAAGGACAAUGAGUAACAUCUUGCUAAAAUCAAGUGAAAGUUUCAAAUGUAAAGUCAGAAAGACAUCUAUAUUAUGGAUGACAUUAUUAUGCACCUUUAUGAACUGUAACAUUUUAUUCCCUUUUAUUAAGCAAAAAGAAGUUGUUUAUUUUGUUUCUCUUCAGUCAUAAACCCAACACCAAAACCGUAUAAAAUGUUUGUGGUGCUUAUUAAAUAGAUUGUAAUGCUGUAUGUAAAUUCCACAUUUAUACUCAGCUAUUAAUUUUGUAAAAUAGUAUUAAUUUUGCAUUGUAAAUAUUUUCUGAACCUGUUAUAUCUGUAAGGAUAUAAUGUUGUGUUGUUUUUGGUGUAAUUAUAAAACAUUACUUAAACUCCUGGAUGAGUUUUCUUAGAUCUGCCAUUUUAUAUGUUUCAUGUAAGGGGAAGCAUUUCACACUUUUCUGCACAGUAGUUGAAAUAAAUGAUCACUCCAUUACCACA